AUGGUGACGUUUGGUAAUUCUUAUAAAUCAAUUAAAAACGUAGCCAGAGAAUUUUUAGCCGAAUUUAUUGGAACGUUUCUUUUAGUCUUUAUGGGAAAUAGUGCCGUUGCUCAAACAACUCUAACGGAUGGUACCGGAGGAAAUAACAUAACAAUAUAUUUUGGAUACGGUUUCGGUUUAUUUUUGGGAGUGUCUGUCGCAGGAGGAAUUUCAGGUGGACAUUUAAAUCCGGCUGUUUCCGUUGCGGCGGCAAUUGUAAAAAAAUUUAAAUGGCGUAAAAUACCACAUUAUAUUCUUGCACAAUAUUUGGGAGCUUUUCUCGGUGCCUGCAUAACUUAUUUAUUAUACAUUGAUUCGUUUAAAGCUUUUCAUUCGGAUUAUGGAAUAAAUAAAACCACGGCUGGAAUUUUCGCGACUUAUCCAAAAAAUGAUUUAUCCGUUAUUGGAUCCUUUAUCGAUCAGAUUUUAGGAUCCAUGAUACUUGUUCUCGGUAUAAACGCCAUCACGGAUCCAUUUAAUAAAAUUCCAUCGUAUUUGGUACCAAUUUACGUAUCAUUAACGUUAAUUAGCAUCGCAUGUUCUUUGGGAAUAAAUCAAGGUUUUGCCAUUAACCCAGCUCGUGAUUUAUCACCGAGAUUUUUUACUUACAUAACCGAUUGGGGAUCGGAUGUAUUCGAUUCUUCCAGUUAUUGGUACGUGACAAUUAUAGGUUCACACGUUGGUGCUAUUUUAGGAGCUGUGAUUUAUAUGUUAAUUGUUGAAAAAAUGAGAUUGAUACGGGAAAAUCCGACGGAAAUGAUACAAUCAAAUGUUACGAUAAUAAAAAAUAAACCCUGUGAUACUAAUAAAGCAGACGAUUAUUUUUAUCGUUUUUAA